UCCCGAUUGAGUUUUUAGCUGAAAUUUGGUAUGAGUAAACUAGACUUGAUGAAUAAGAUGAUUAAAAAAUUUCAUCAAAAAAUUCCACCGGGAACCACCCCAAAUGACGACGGACGGACAGAGACUCCUAAAUAAGGGCUUAUUUGACCUUUUUUGGUUAGUACAUGAGUCUAUUUGCACCUUUUCCCAUUAAUUAAUAUUCAAGGAAGAAUAUUAAAGAAGAUAAAUCCUACUAUAACUAAUGUCAAGAUGUUAACUAAUUGUCAUCUUAGAACACUCCCCAACAUUAAUAUAGAGGAAGAAAAUAAAUACUACCAUAACUAAUGUCGAGAUGUUAACUAAUUGUCAUCUUAGCAACACUCCCCAACAUUAAUAUAGAGAUAGUAUUAAGGGGAAAAUAAAUAUUCAAGGAAGAAGAUUAAAGAAAAUAACUCACAACUUACAAUUCAUUAAGCUUCGAAGUGGCAAAACCAAGAUGGAAGAGUUUAGCUCCUCAUUUGGAGACUAAACAUGAUAGAAAAUAUAAAGAAAACACUAAUCUAAACUGAGCUAAAGAGUCUAUGUGAAUUGAUGAUUUUAUUGGGAAGAAAAUGAGUGUAUUUAUAGGCUUUUGAGAGCUGCAAGGUCUGAACCAGGUAUCUUAGAAAAUUGCCCAGAAAGUCACGUUUUUGGGCAUACCCGAUCGGGUAUGUGACAAAUCUUCACAAAAAAAUUCUCCCACAACCAUUUGUUCCCGGAUUUGAUUCGGACAUUCGAAUCAAGCAAAUAUCCGAUCGGGUAUAGGCAAUACCCGACCAGGUACAUAGAUAUUUUUUCCAAAUCGAAAUCUUUCUUACCUUCUUGCACUUUCCUUGAUCUUUUAAGGUCCAAUCUUGAUCUCUUGAAUGAUCUUUGACCUGUUUAGCUCAGAAUAAUCCUAAUCAAUGUUCUAAAAGGCGCUAGGCACUAGUCGGGCGUUAGCCCAGCGCCUAGCGCCUAGACAGCUAGGCGGGCGCCUAGUCGGGGACUAGUCGGAAACAUAGAAAUUGCAUAUUUAUCUAUAUUUUUGCAUAAAUAUGAUAAGUAAUAUUAUGUUUUUGUGUGUAUAAAAUACAUUUAUACAUAUACAUUAACCAACAUGAAUGAUCGAAUUAUCACAUUUAAUCAUACGUAGUACGAAGUAUAUGAUAACUAUCAUGCAACUAAUCACUUAACUUCAUUAGAUAAUAAUUAUGUUAUAACAUAUAUAGUUUUAUCUUAAUUUACAACUUCAUUUCUUUAUAUCCAUGUCUAAAGCUAAAGUACGCAUAUCGCUAAGAAAAUUAAAACUAAAACGUAAAGUAAUGUUCAGCGAAUCUAGACGGCCUAGGCGGCCGAUUAGGGGCCCUAGACGGGCAACUAGGCGCCAUAGGCGGCCGACUAAAUCACCUAAAUGACAAACCAAUUAGUCGGAGCGCCUAGACAAAAAUCGGGGCACCCAUCCACCGCCUAGCGCCUAGGCGGGGACUAGUUGGACGCCUAGAACGAUUUUUAGAACAGAGAUCCUAAUCUAAACAAAUUACAAAUAAAAAAUGAAAAUAAAGUAUUACACCAAAAGUGUGUAAUUCCCACAACUAGAACUAAUAAAAACUAGUUAAAAAUACAAACAUACAAUCAGAAAUUACACGAAUAUCAAGUAUAUGGACUCGGACCCUCGGUCUCAUGACUAUUGGGCCCAUACAGAGGCCCACGUACGCUCAGUAGAUAACAUUUCCAUUAUUGUACAUUAUUAUUAUUAUCAUUCGGAUGUUCUAGAUUAGCUUUUUAUAUUAUCAGUCCUUUUAUGUAAUUGGGUCUGCCAAUCCCAUAUUAGAGGCCCAGACCCGGAUUUUCCCAUAUAUACUCCCCUUGGGAGCUUGUAAACCCUAAUUUAUAUUUCAUACGUUCAACACUAUUCAUCUUCUUCUCCACUUUCUAGCUCAUUCUCUCCAUUUAUUAUAUGUUUGGAUAACCUAUUAUCCAUCAAUAUUGCGGUAAUGUAGAGUAGUAACAUUGGCAUAAAAUAUAAUAUAUUUAAUUAGAUGUAAAAUAAUAACAUUAUUAAAUCUAAAAAAAAAAUUAUAAAUAAAUUUCUAAAGUGGAUGAGAAGAGAAUUAAUAUUGGCCGAAGUGCAUUGAUAUGUUAACGUACGUGCAGUAAUGUCGAGCAAUAACUGCAGUAUAAAGUGCAGUAUUUUUAAUUGGAUGAAAAUAGUAUAAAAUGCACAUUUUUCAAACUAGGGUAUUUUGGUCAUUAAACAUUUUAGUAGGAAAGAAUUUUUCUUUUUCUUUUUGCUUUGUAGUCAUAUAAAUCUCUAAAAACAUAACUAGUCAUAUUUAAAAAAUUCAAUAUGUUUUAGUCAUAUUUAGGAAAUUUCUUAUCUUUAAACUAACUAACAUCUAUAAUUAAAGCAUAUUACCUUUUUGUUUGCAGUUGGCCCAAAAGACAGGUCCAAUUCUUCAAUCCCAUUUCUUGUGAGUAAAAGUAACCACUCAUCAAAAUCAACCCUGGACCUUUUCGAAACUCUAUUAUGUUUUUUUUUUGCAGUUGGCCCAAAAGAUAGGUCCAAUUCUUAAUAAAAGUAUAUUACCUUUAUUCAUAAAUAAAAGCAACUAAAAGUUUUAUAAAUCGCAAAAAGAAUCAAAUUCGAUAAAAGUUUUUUUUAAAGUUUGAUAUAUAAGGUAAGAGAUUAAAAAUCUUUACAUUCACCAGAUAAUAGUAGACAUGAACUUUUGUAUGGGACGAAGGUAGUACCUAUUAAAAUUUUCAAAUGAAAAAUUAUGAGCGAAAAACUAAAUUGUAGUUAGUAGUUUAAACAAGCUAAAUUUGAAUACAAUCAUGUAAACCUACUUUUAAAUUACUCUUGAGCUUAAAAAAGGCAAAAACUAAAGCAACAACAAAAGAACUAAAGAAGUGAAGUACAGAUUGGAACCCUUGCAGCCCAUUCUACCGAUCAAUACCACGCAUGAGUACAACGUCCAAUCUGCUACGGAUGUCAUUAGUUAUCUACUCCUAAUUACGGAGUAAUUUUUAAGAUACUUAUAUUAAAUAUAUAUCUAUAUGACUAUAUGUAUAAUUUUAUAUUUGAUAUAUAUAUAUAUAUAUAUAUAUAUAUAUAUAUUUUCCCACCUAUAUAUAUAUAUAUAUAUGGGUUGAGUGGGGACAGUUGCCCUCCUUCCCCACGGAGGAUCUGCCCCCUGAUCAUAAGUUUAUAACUCAAUAUAUUCAUCUAUUUAUAGACAUAUGAGUUUGUUUCCUAAACUAACUCUAGCUUAUAGUUUGAGUCCAAAGAAACCUCCUAAAAUACUAAUUCCAAAUUAGGAAAGUUCCAUCAUAGGAAAUGAUCAACAAGAUCAUUACACAUUUUCUCAACUUGGAAUUCAACAAUUGGUCUUAAGCUAAAGGAGUUGGUUGGACGACGGAUUGAAUUGAUGGGCAAACCAAGGUUAAAUAAUCAAUAAUUUCACUAAAAGAAACAUAUGCCAACUAUUAUUAUAGAAUAGAGGUUUUAAAAAGUUCAAUUACGUAGUAUAUUUUGAUUAAAAAGUUCUAGCUUAUUGAUUAGAACUUGAGAAGUUUUACCUAUUUUAUGCAAGUGAUUACGUACAAUUACUGAUUACAUUAACAUAUUCGUUGUUAGGUUGGUUUUGAAUUGGAUAAAAACUACGUAUCAAUAAAUUAAGUGGGUUUUUUAGUGUAAUAAAUGAAGUAGUCUUUUCUAUGAUACUAAAUAAUAAAUGAAGUGGUUGAAAAAAGGGGACAACUGUCAAAUAAGCCCUCAUAAUAUAUCAAAAAAGUCAAUUAGACUCUCGAACUACAAAAACACCCAAAUUUAUAAUUUAGCCUGUUAUCAUCCGGGAGUAGUCUUCCGGUCAGGUAUACCUGACCGGAGCCCCGUCCGGCCUCCUCCAUUUGGGGGCCUUCCCGGUGGUAUUUUUUGCUCCAAUUUUUUGUGUAGGUUCCUCAUCAAGUCUAGUUCAUCCAUACCAAAUUUCAGCCAAAAAUUCAAUCGGGAAGGUCGUCAAAUGAUUUUUGCAAGUUAACUGGUCCGGAAAAUACAUAACCGAGAAUAUAAUGAAAGCAAGAAUCUAGAGAUUCUCCGCAACUCAAGUCGCACAACCUGGGAUUGACGGAGGUGAAAGAAACUUGUUUACGUUUCACCGGGUGCUAAGUUGGGUUCGGACUUUAAUCCGGGAGCGAAUUUUAAAUUUAAUUCAUUGCUUAAUCGAUUCCAAAAGGUGGUUAAUUAUCUUCUCAAUCUACGUGGGAUGUGAGGAAUUUUCGUCGUCGUCUAGGUAAGUUGAGGCGAUGGUGGUGAGGCCUAAUAAGAGGUGGGGGACCUGGGAGGAGCUAAUCCUGGGCGGUGCCGUUCUCCGGCAUGGUACAGAUGACUGGAACGUCGUCGCUUCGGAACUUAAGGCCCGGACUAUCAACCCUAACAGCUUUACCCCCGAGGCUUGCAAGGCAAGAUACGAGAGGUUGCGGAAGCGGUAUACUGGAUGCAGUUUUUGGUUUGAAGAGCUAAGAAAGAGACGAAUUGAGGAAUUGAAACGGGAAUUGAAGAGAUCUGAAGGCUCCAUUGGAUCUCUCAAGACAAAAAUAAAAUCUCUAAAGGCUGAGAGAGACCUUUCCAGCCAAACAGGAUUACCCGUUCCCGUGGUAAAAUUAGAGGGCAUUCAAUUAUCCGCUGGCAGCUUCACCAAAACUUUACAACCCAACGAGUCACACAGAUGUCAAGUUCAAGCUUUAACAUCGACUACCGAGACUGAGUCAAAUAGUAAGAACGGAGGGGGGAUGAUAAGGAAGAGAAGGGGUAAGAGAAAGAGAAAGGACGUGGUAUGGGAUUCAAAAGAAGGGAGCAUUGGAGAGAGUGGGAACAUGUGCUCUACGAGUGGUGUUUCUUUUUCUCACAGCAAGGAAGCAUUCAAUGAUGGAUGUGGUGAUGAUGAGACUAGAAGAGGAGUUUCUGGUCGCACAAAAAAUGGUGGGUUGAUGGAUAUCUUCAAUUCCAUUGCACAGAGAGAACCUGCAUUGGUCUUUAUGCAUCGUCUUGAUAGUCAGAAGAGAGCAAGAUACAAGAAAACAAUCAAACGCCAUAUGGAUAUGGAAACUAUAAGAUCAAGAAUUGUAACCCUUUCCAUCAGGUCCCCCCUAGAACUCUUCAGAGAUUUGCUUUUACUAGCAAACAACGCUGUAAUAUUCUACUCAAAGAGAACGCGGGAACACAAAGUGGCACGUGCCCUUAGGGAUCUUAUCACAAAAACAUAUCAUCACAUGCAGGCUCACAACAAAGACAUAACAACCUCUGUUGUGCCAAAGGUACGCAGUUGUGCCGUGAAGCCGCGUAGUGCCAGGCCCCGCCCUAGCAAGCACAGGAGCCCAGCCGUUGUGUUGGAAACUAACACAAAUGCUGCUUUACUCAAAGAGAACGUGGGAAAGGAAGGGGGGCUAAUUAAGAAAACACCUGGGAAGGCAAAGCGUGUAUUGUUGGUGAACGAUAAUCAUGUUUCGCGCCAUAGAGAAUUUGGAAAAGAAGGCUCAUCAUCAUCACUACAUAAAACCGUGCCAAAGGAAGAGGUAGUUGUAGUUGGAUCUAAUAUGAAGCCUGUAGUGAAGAAAAGGAAAGUUUUUCCAAGCAAAGGUUGAGUUGAACUAAUUCCUGCCAAUGUAAUUACUGGGUUAUUAGUCCAACUAUUCAAUCAUGUCCUUUUGUUCUUCCUUUAGCUCAUCACCCG